AUGAAGAUAAUCUUAGGCCUUUUAGCCAUCCUCUAUGGAUUAGGUUAAUGUAAUAUUAUUGAAACUACAAGACCUUGUACUUGCCCAUAACUAUCACAAAAUGAUUGCGUAAAAAAUACUUCUUGUGCUUGGAAUAAAACAUGCGAUGUCAAAACUAUAACUUAAUCCAAAUCAAAUACUUAUUGUAGCUACUUAAAUGAAGCGGAAUGUCAAUCAGACGAUGUUUGUUAGUGGGUCAACAGUCAAUGCACCUUUUUUACAGGGUGCACUGCUUAUAAAUUAACAACUGAUAGAGAAUGCAGAAGCAUAAAUAAGAAAUGCUAUAAAUCUGAUCUUAAAAAGUGUAUUGGAUUAAGUGAAUGCAUCGAUUAUACAGAUUAAAUUGUGUGUUUUAUGGAUGUAAAUUAUAGAUAUUGUUAUUGGGAUUCAAAACUCAAUAAAUGUUCCAAGGCUAUGGAUUGCCCAUCUUAACCAUCUGCUUUGGAUACUGAUGCAUAAUGCAGAUCCUAAAUUCCUACUUGCACAACCAAACCAGGUGGUGGGUGUAUUGAUGCAUAAUAAAGUUGUUCCGACAUCACUCUUGAAAUCUAAUGUUUUUAUAAUAAAGACCAAUCUGCAUAAUGUUUUUGGGAUAGUUCUCUUAAUCCUCCUUAAUGUAAAGUAAGGACCUGUGAAAAUGCUCCCAUAACAUUGAAAACAGACGAUUAAUGUAAGUAAUUUUUAGAAUAAUGUACUACUCAAAAGGAUGGUGGUUGUGUAUUAAGAUCAUCUUGUGAUGCAGCAAACACAUAAAACGCAUGCACUAAAGAUUAUUACGGAAACGACUGUUUUUGGGUGGACGGUUAUUGUAAAUCAAAACUAUGUAGCAAUGCCACCAAAGAUAUUGUUACCAAUGUCGGUUGUUAAGCAAUUAAUGCAAAUUGUAUAACCAAAUCAGGUGGAGGUUGUAUGACUAAUGGAGAAUGCUCCAUUGCCAAUGUGGAUUAUGCAUGCAAAAAGAACUUAAGGGGAGAACAAUGCUUUUGGGAUUCAAUCACUCAAUCAUGCAAGGAUAGAACUUGUAGCAAUGCUCCUUAAAGUCUAUCAACAUUCGAGUAAUGUAGUAAGUUUUUAUCGAGUUGCACUGUUAACUCACUUAAAUAGGGAUGUGAAAAUAGAACUUGUGAAAAUGCACCUGUAUUUGUCACUACUCUCAUUGGAUGUCAAGAAUACCAUAAUGUAUCUUGUAUUCCUAAAAAGGAUGGUGGAUGUGUUACUAUCAAUACAUGUGAAGAAGUUGAGUUAGAAAUUGGUUGUAUUGUUGAUAAUUUGUAACGUCCUUGUUUUUGGAAUGAUGGUAAAUGCCUACUAAAAAUAUGUACCAAUGUUCCCAAAACUUACUAUGAUCAAGAAACAUAAGGUUAAAAACCUGUCACUCUUGACCAUGUCAAAUGUAAUGAAUUUAUGUAAACUUGCACAAUCAAUUAAUCAGCUACUAAUUGUAUUAAUUACACAUGUGACAAUGUUUAGGAUUAUAACCUAUGUAUCUAAAACCAAUAGUGUUAUUCUCGUUCAACGUGCUUCAUCAAAACAUGUUUCACUGCUCCUUUAUCUUAUACUACUCAUUCAUAAUGUUUUCAAUAUAAGAAUACAUGCACUAUUGCUCCAUCAGGAUAAGGAUGUUCGCUUAUGUUACAAGCUUGCAACCUAUAUAAAAUUAAAGCAUAAUGUGUUUAAUCCGUUACUAGUGCUUGUGAAUGGCAAGGGAAUACUUGUGUUGUGCGAUAAUGUAAUUUAGCUGCUACUUCAUAUAAUACAACUUAAAAGUGUCAGUCAUAUCUAUCAGGAUGUGUAGUCAAUAAUUAAGAGAAGGGAUGCACUCCUGAAUUUACAAGAUGCGAGGAUAGUUAGAUCCAAUAGAACUGUACUUUGGAUGUAUGUGAAUGGAAAAACAAUAAAUGCGUUACUAAAUCCUGCAGUAAUCAAAAAACUAAUUGCACAACAUAUAAAACUCCAAAGAAGUGUAUCAAUAAUGAUGCCAAAACUUCUUGUAUGGAUGUUCCUACUACCUGUACAUUAUUGCCAAAAGAAUAUUGUAAAGAAAAUCUCUCUUAUGACUUGAUUAGUAAAUAUUGCUAUUUGGAUGGUAGUAAUACUUGUACAGAACUUACACUAUAAAAUGAGUGUAGUAGUUAUACAUAUUAGACUUCAUGCAUUAAAAGGAUCAAUAAUAAAGGUGAUUGUGUUUGGGUGAGUGGAGUUUGUUAUAAUGAUGAUUGCGCUGCAUUGCCAAAUACAUAUACUACAUCUUCAUAGUGUAAACUAGCAAUCUCAAGGUGUAUCUUAAACAAUACAGGCUAAGGAUGUAUGAAUAAGGAUGAAUGCUCAUCUUAUAAUGAUAAAAAUUGUGAUUAAUUAGAUAGAAAUGGCUAAGACUGUGUUUAUAAGAAUAGUCAAUGUCAAAGGAAGUCUUGUGCAACGAGUUCUGAUACUAGUCAUACUGAUUGCUAUUAAUACAUGUCAACAGGAUUAAAAUGCACUGUGAAUAAUAACAGUAAUGGUUGUAUUGAAUUGACAUCAUGUAAUAAUUAUAAAAAAGAAUCAUAAUGCGUUAUAAGUAAUACACAAAAGGUUUGUUAUUGGUCUAAUGAUAAUUGUUAUGAGAAGAUCUGUUCUUUGAAUACUACUUCAACAACCCAUGACUAAUGUUAAUUAUUCAUGAGCAGUUGCACUCUAAAUACAAAUACAAAUCUUGGAUGUAUGGAUUUCCCUGAAUGUUAAUUGAUUUCAGAUCCAUCAAUAUGUAAUUCCAAUUCUAAAUGUGUCUAUUUAUCUAGCAAUUGCAUAGUAAAGACUUGUGAAAAUGCUGCAUUAAUCGAAUAUAAUGAUAAAAAUUGUAGCGAUUUACCCUUUGAGGGCUGUUCAUAUGAUAGCAACUUGUGUAGUACAAAGACAUGCUCUCAAUAUUAAUUCAGUACUGAUGAAGAAUGCAUUUAAUAGAAUUAAUAUUGCACUACAAAUGGAAAGACCUGCACAGAAAGAUUAGACUGCAGUAAGGCUGUUGCAGAAUAGGGAUGUAAAAAAGACAUGUUUGGUAAUCUUUGUCAGUGGAAUGAAAUAUCAAAGACAUGUUCAUUGAGAAAUUGCUCUACUGCACCCACUACAUUAACAACUGAAGCUUAAUGUCUAUAAUAUUAUGAUGGGUGCACAACCAAAUUAGGUGGAGGAUGUACAGUUAAAUCGACUUGUUCAGCUGCAAAUGUCUAAGCAGCAUGUAACACUUCAAAAUAUGGAGAUAUAUGUAGUUGGGAUGAUACCAUCUAAUAAUGCAGGAAUUAAUCAUGUAUUGAUUUCAAUGGGUUUGAAUACAAAUCUUGCAAUAAACAAAUGAGUAAUUGCACUACCAAUGGUUUUGGUAAAUGCACAGAAAUAGUUAAUUGUAGUUCAUAUCUUAAUGCAUAAUCCUGCAUAAUUGGAGCUGAUGGCCCCUGUCUAUGGGUUACUGGAAAAUGUUAUUUAUACAGAGAUUGCACUAGCAUCAAAUUUACAACACACGAACAAUGUCAGUAGGUUAGCGAUAAAUGUACAACUGAUGGGAACAGAUGUGUCUCUAUUACUGAAUGCAGUCAAACUAAUAUUUAUGGAGGGUGUUACUUGGGAAUUGAUGGCAAAUGUAUCAUGACAUUAAAUGAUAAAAAUGUUAAAGUUUGCACUAAUUUCACUAAAUGUGCUGAUGCCAAAUUCAAAACUCAUGCAGAUUGCUAUUCAGCUAAUCCUGGAUGCACAACCGAUGGAACCUAAUGCAUUGAAUUACUAGUUUGUAAAGAUUACAAGAUAUAAGAAUAAUGUUAUUUAGAUACCAAAGGACCUGUCUAUGCUAAUAAUAAAAUUUAGUCUACAGGAGUUUGUAAAUGGGAUGGAUCCUGUAGACCAUAAAUUUGUGAGGAUCUAGUUGGAACCACACAUGCUAUUUGCAAUAAUCAAAUGAUGACUUGUACUACAAAUGGCACUAUUUGUUAUACUAUGGAUAAAUGUUCGACUUAUUCUUUAAAGGAUUUAUGUACUAAUGGUAUUGGUACUGAUGGAAAAUGCAUAUAUUCAACUGAAAAUACAAAAUGCUAACUUAUGACAUGCAGUGAUAUCACCAACAACAUUUGUAAUACUUUAGAUAAUUGUAUUACAGAUGGUACAAAAUGCAUUGCUAAAACAACUUGUGCUUCUUAUACUAGUUAAGUGCCUUGUGAAAUUUCGGGAACUGAUGGAACAUGCCUUUGGAAUGCAACUACCUCGAAAUGUUCGUUAUUUUAAGCUUGUUCAAAUGCUCUAGAUUAAAAUUAGUGCAAUAAAAUGAACACAGUCUGUUAUUGGAAUGUCGAUUCCACAAAAUGUGUUGACUUAACUUGCGACUUGUAAUUUAAAUCUACGAAUAAUUGCAUUAACAUUUCUACCUGGAAGCCUUCUUAAAUCAGAGUCUGUAGUCUUGUAAAUGAGGUAUGCUCAGAAAUAGAUCCCUAAGCUUAUGGACCAAGUGAAUGCUACUAGCUAACAUUGUUUACUUACACAUACAACACUUCCACGUAAAAAUGCAUGUAAUGUUCUACUACAAGCAAUAAUUAAACAAAUAACACUGUUAAUGAUACUGUUAACAACAAUACAGCAGAUAGCUUUUAAUAGUUAAUUGUCCUGGGACUUUAAAUAUUAUCGUUAUUCUUAAUAUGA